AUGACGCCACAUUUCCCCCAACGCAAGAUUGGGGACGACCUCAUAUCUGCCAUCGGGCUCGGAUGCAUGGGCAUGUCAAUUCCCACUUCGUCCGGGCUUCCCGACGAGGAUGAAUGCCUCAAAGUGCUCACCGCCGCCGCCGAUAUGGGAAUCAACUUCUGGGACACGAGCGAUGCGUACGGCGACAACGAGAAGAUCCUUGGUAGAUGGUUCCGGGAGACUGGUAGAAGAGAUGAAAUUUUUCUCGCGACGAAGUUUGGUGUUAAGCGUACCGAUACCGGCAUGGUGAUAAUUGGCAAACCAGAGUAUGUGAAGGAGGCCUGCGAGUCAAGUCUCCAGCGCUUAGGGACCAAUCGCAUCGAUCUCUACUACCAGCACCGCGUCGACCCCGCGACGCCUAUCGAGAAAACAGUCGGGGCAAUGGCGGAGCUCAAGAAGGAAGGGAAGAUUCGCUAUCUUGGCUUAUCGGAGUGCUCAGGCCGAACUCUUCAAAGAGCGUGCAAGGUGCACCCAAUUGCAGCAUGCCAAAUGGAGUUCUCGCCCUUCGCCCUCGAUCUCGAGACGACCGGCUUUCUAACCAUGGCGAGAGAUCUGGGCGUCGGAAUUGUCGCCUACGCUCCGCUAGGCAAGGGCUUCCUCACAGGAGCCAUAAAGAGCCGAGAUGACUUCGAGGAAAAAGACAUGCGAAAGACUCAUCCCCGCUUUUCUCAGGAGAACUUCGCGAGCAACCUGCGCCUGGUGGACAUGUUCGCUUCAUUCGCGAAGGAGAAAAAUUGCACUACCGGGCAGGCAACGCUUGCGUGGGUUAUGGCUCAGGGACAAGACUUCAUUCCUAUCCCUGGAACCAAGCACAUCAAUUAUCUGAAAGAGAACGCAGACGCUGUGAACGUCACAUUUUCCAAAGAGGACGAGGAGCGUGUGAGGGCGAUUAUCGACAGUAUUGGCGGAGCAAAAGGGGCACGCUAUCCCCCGGCUUUUCAAUCGGCGUGCUUUGGCGACUCUCCAGAGCUGGAGAAUGAAUGA